AUGGAAGCCAUUCGUUCAGAACAGAGAAGAAUUAAUGUCUUGAACUGGGGAUAUACGCCUGGUGAAAAUAAUCCAGCUGAUUUGCCAACUAGAGACGAAAGUGGUGUAAUUCGUGUUGGUGGACGAUUAGAAAAUUCAUAUUUGGAUUACAAACAAGCACAUCCAAUCGUGUUGCCUUAUAAAGAUCAUUUGACUGAUCUAAUUAUUCUUCACAGUGAUCAGGUGAUAGGGGAUGGAGGAACAGCAGAUACUUUAAAUCAGAUAAGAGAUAAAUUUUGGUUGCUAAAGGCUCAUAGGAAAAUUAAAAGUGUUCUGUACAAUUUCAAUGUCUGCAAAAUAUUUCGAACGAAACCUGUCGUGCAAGAUAUGGAACCUCUCCCACCAGACAGAUGCCGAGAAGCUUUUCCAUUUUAG